AUGCUUAUAGGAAGAAAAGAGCGAAAGAAGACGCACUCUUCUAUCAUCCAUCCCACACCCUCAGAAUGGGGUCCUGGGCCCCCUGCUGGUGCACGCUCCCUUUCCCUUUGUGGCUCCCCACCGCUUUCCCCGAAGCUCAGAGGAGGGCGGCGGGAGUGGGGGCGAGGUGGUGGUGGUGAAGAGCAGGGCUGUGUGGCAGCACUCGCGGGCAGGCUCCACCGCGCUGAGCCUGCGCUGUGUCUGCAGGAGGCGGAAUUCAAGGUGGAUGUGCAGGAGUACUUGGGGCCGCUGCUGUUUGUGAAGCUGCGCAAACGGCACCUCCUUCAGGAUGACGCCUGGUACUGCAACUGGAUCGCGGUGCAGGGUCCCGGGGACAGCGGGGAUGAGUACAGGUUCCCUUGUUACCGCUGGGUGGAGGGCAACGGCGUUCUGAGCAUACCAGAGGGCACCGGUCGCACUGUGCUCGACGACCCUCAAGACUUCUUUAAGAAAUACAGGGAAGAGGAACUGAAAGAGAGAAGGAAGCUGUACCGGUGGGGUAACUGGAAGGACGGGCUAAUCCUGAAUAUGACCGGGGCCACAAUAUGUGACCUCCCUGUAGAUGAGCGAUUUCUGGAGGACAAGAGAAUUGACUUUGAGGCUUCACUGGCCAAAGGGCUGGCAGACCUUGCUAUCAAAGACUCUUUAAAUGUUCUGACUUGCUGGAAUGAUCUGGAUGACUUCAAGCGGAUUUUCUGGUGUGGGCAGAGCAAGCUGGCUGAGCGAGUGCGGGACUCCUGGAAGGAAGAUGCCAUAUUUGGGUACCAGUUUCUCAAUGGAGCCAACCCCAUGCUGUUGAGGCGCUCCACUCACCUUCCUGAACGCCUAGUGUUCCCUCCAGGGAUGGAGGAACUGCAGGCCCAGCUGAAGAAGGAGCUGGAGGUAUGGACAUCAGAGCACUAA